UCGUGUUGGAAGCGAGAGCAAGGAAGGCGGGUCUGGCUGGAGUUCGCUGCACGGUUAGCAAUCUAAGAGGAAGCAACCCGGGGUUGUGGGCGCCCUUGCUGCAAAGCCGACCCCCAUCGCGCGCCGAGGUUGUGGCAAGCAUGGCGUCACCUGGUAGGAUAUUUUGUUGAUGUUACGAAGCUGAUAAUGUAGAGCGCUUAAACUGCGGCUGAAUGUUGCGAGAACGAGGUUGGCGCCUAACAGAAGAAAUUCUGGGACUGUAAUAGUGUAUCUCAGAUGCCAGUAGCAGAGGGAAAAAGUGUUCAGCAAACAGUUGAAAUCUUAACAAGAAAACUGGAGCUACUUGGUGCAGAAAAACAAGGAACAUUUUGUGUGGAUUGUGAAACCUACCACACUGCAGCCUCCACAAUGGGCAGUCAAGGACAGGCUGCCAAACUGAUGUAUGUGAUGCACAAUUCAGAAUAUCCCCUCAGCUGUUUUGCUCUCUUUGAAAAUGGCCCAUGCCUCAUAGCAGAUACCAACUUUGACAUUCUUAUGGUGAAAUUGAAAGGUUUUUUUCAAAAUGCUAAAGGGAACAAAAUAGAGAGCCGAGGCACUCGAUACCAGUACUGUGAUUUUUUGGUGAAGGUCGGCACAGUCACCAUGGGGCCCAGCGCCCGUGGAAUAUCUGUUGAGGUGGACUACUGUCCAUGUGUGGUAGCCACUGACUGUUGGAACCUUGUAAUGGAAUUCAUGCAGAGCUUUAUGGAUCAUGCCCCCGGUAUCCCCUCUGUGUUCAAUAAUAAGCAUGACAGCAUCUACAAUCCAGCUGAUACAAUAGUUCAAUACAUGGAACUUUUCAACAAAAUUCGCAAGCAGCAGCAGGUGACUGUUGCAGGUAUCAGAUGAAGAAGGGUCAGAAAAUGUUCUUCAAAUAAGCAACCAGUUUGUUGAAUAUCAAAUUCAAUCCAGUAUUUCAGAUAGCAGUUGUUAUCCAUUAAAGCAAUGUCUCUGUUGUAAAUAUCUUCUUGUUGAAGAUGAAUGCUGUCUCAUAUCAGACUCUUAAAAUGUGUGCCAUAGUUACUUUGCCCUUGUUUUAGAUACAGGGAAUCUAGUCAUGGAAACCAAUAUCUGUACUGUUAUACAUAGGUUAAUUUUUAUAUUAAUGAAAACACCAAAUCUGUACCUAUUGGUUUUAAAAUGUGAUUAAUUGUCAUUGUAUUCUUCUGUCUGGUAGGGAUUAAUGAUUGUUUAGUCUAUUUUGCUCCUGCAAAACUUUUGUUAAUUCUCACCAGGGUGGGUUCCUGCCAGUUCUAACCUCUUCUAUAGAAGAGGUUCCACAAAUCUACAGUGCCG